AUGAGCAAAGAAGUCGCAGCUUGUAGUUUGGAUGAAAUUCCAAAGGUUGCUAUGGAGAGAAAAACACUCAAUUUGUUUGAUAUCUCCUCUGACAACUUUACUAGUACUUCAGCUGAAAACAAAAAACUAAUUGAAAUUCCAACUAUAAUAGAGCCCGUCGGCAAUUUGUAUUAUGAACCAAAUGAUCACUAUUAUUAUCAAUCAGAUUUAUCACUAAACUAUCAAUCUUAUCAAGAAUUGGAUCUAGAACUUGAUCAGAAAAACAGUACAAAAUCUGGAAAAAAUACUAAUAAAUUUACUAAUAAAGAUAUAUGCCAAAGUGAAAAAAGCCUUGAAAAAGGUAUUCAAAAGGUUUCCGAGAAAAGUGAUAAAGAAGACGAUAACGAUGAAAAUAAUGAUAAAGAAGAAGAAGAAGAAGAAGAAGAAGAAGAAGAAGAUGAUGAUGAUGAUGAUGAUGAUGAUGAUGAUGACGAAAAUGAGCAAAAUAAAAACAAUAAUAAAUACCUAAAUUAUGAUUAUUAUUGUAAUACAUUGUACGAUCAAACAGAUUGCUCUGAUUUUUACUAUGAUUUAGAAUCCAUAAAGACAAUCAGUUAUAAUAGUACGGAAUUUGGUUUGAAGGAUGAAGAAUCUCAACAUGAUACCAACAAUAAAUACCGAAACAGAACCAUAAUUUUCGAUCAGCAAAAUCAACAAUCAAGUGGUUUAGAAAAGGUAGAUGAUUUAUCAAAUAUGUUGAAUCAAAAUUCUUAUCCAUUUGAUGGUUUUAGUGAAUUCUACAAUAAAACAAAACAAGACCAGGACCAAUAUCAGGACCAAUAUCAGGACCAGGACCAGAACGAGGCUUAUGAUCGAGAUUACGAUCAAGAUCAAGAGCAUUAUAAUUUGCAUCAAAGAGCCUUAAAUAUUACAAGAUGUAAGUACAUGGAAAACAAAGAGUAUCUUGUAAAAUCGACUGCUUCAUAUUAUAUUGUUGAAGAAGAAACCUCAAGAAUUAAUCUUAAAAAAAUCAAUAAUGAAUUGAUGAAAUCUAAUUUAGGUCAAUAUAUUGAAAAUGAAUCUGGAUCAAUCAACAAUAACAAAGAAAUUUUUCAGACAAUAAUAAAAUCCACAGAUAAUACCAGCCCCCAUGAAUUGAAGGCAUUUUUACUUGAUAUUAAAGAUAAAAAUUUAAAAGUCUCAAUUUAUCUAAAACACACUGAUGUUUCCAAUGUUCCAAAUUCUGAUUAUUACAGAAGAUUGGCCAUACUCAACUCCAUCUCCAAAAAAUACAUCUAA